GGAAGCGGAAGUGCCGGCCUGGAGCCCGAGCUAGGUGGGUGUCCCCGCAGCGCUGCCUAGCCGCUGCCUGCGCCAGCCAUGGACUGCUACACGGCGAACUGGAACCCGCUCGGGGACUCUGCCUUUUACCGGAAAUAUGAACUGUACAGCAUGGACUGGGACCUGAAGGAGGAACUCAGGGACUGCCUGGUGGCUGCCGCACCCUAUGGGGGUCCCAUUGCGCUGCUGAGGAACCCCUGGAGGAAGGAGAAAACUGCCAGUAUGCGGCCAGUGCUCGAUAUAUACUCUGCUUCUGGCAUGCCUCUGGCCAGCCUGCUGUGGAAGAGUGGGCCUGUGGUGUCCCUGGGCUGGUCAGCUGAGGAGGAGCUGCUCUGUGUGCAGGAAGACGGUGCAGUACUGGUUUAUGGGCUUCAUGGUGAUUUCCGGAGACACUUCAGCAUGGGCAAUGAGGUACUCCAGAACCGAGUUUUGGAUGCCCGGAUCUUCCACACCGAGUUCGGCUCUGGGGUGGCCAUCCUCACAGGGGCUCACCGCUUUACCCUCAGUGCCAAUGUGGGUGACCUCAAACUUCGCCGGAUGCCAGAGGUGCCAGGUCUGCAAAGUGCACCUUCAUGCUGGACCACACUGUGCCAGGACCGAGUGGCACAGAUUCUUCUGGCUGUGGGGCCCGAUCUUUACCUCCUGGACCACGCAGCCUGCUCCGCAGUGACACCCCCUGGCCUGGCCCCAGGAGUGAGCAGCUUCCUACAGAUGGCUGUCUCCUUCACCUACCGACACCUGGUGCUCUUCACAGACACAGGCUACAUCUGGAUGGGGACAGCAUCGCUCAAGGAGAAGCUGUGUGAGUUCAAUUGCAACAUCCGGGCACCUCCAAAGCAGAUGGUCUGGUGCAGCCGUCCUCGCAGCAAGGAGAGGGCCGUUGUGGUGGCCUGGGAGAGGCGGCUAAUGGUGGUGGGUGACGCGCCCGAGAGCAUCCAGUUUGUGCUGGACGAGGACUCCUACCUGGUGCCCGAGCUCGACGGGGUCCGCAUCUUCUCCCGCAGCACCCAUGAGUUCUUGCACGAGGUUCCAGUGGCCAGUGAGGAGAUCUUCAAAAUUGCCUCAAUGGCCCCCGGAGCACUGCUGUUGGAGGCCCAGAAAGAGUAUGAGAAAGAGAGCCAGAAGGCGGAUGAGUACCUGCGGGAGAUCCAGGAGCUGGGGCAGCUGACCCAGGCCGUGCAGCAGUGCAUCGAGGCAGCGGGACAUGAGCACCAGCCAGACAUGCAGAAGAGUCUGCUCAGGGUCGGCCUGGAGGGCAAGGCUAGGCAGGGCUGGGAAGGGCUGGGAAGGGGGUGGGAUGGACAGCUGGGGAAGCUCUCUUUGUUGCCCUCUCGCUCUUCUCAGGCGGCUUCCUUUGGAAAGUGUUUUCUCGACAGAUUUCCACCCGACAGCUUCGUGCGCAUGUGUCAGGACCUGCGUGUGCUCAAUGCCGUUCGGGACUAUCACAUUGGGAUCCCCCUCACCUAUAGCCAAUACAAGCAGCUCACCAUCCAGGUGCUGCUGGACAGGCUUGUGUUGCGGAGGCUUUACCCUCUGGCCAUCCAGAUAUGCGAGUACCUGCGCCUUCCUGAGGUACAGGGUGUCAGCAGGAUCCUGGCCCAUUGGGCCUGCUACAAGGUGCAACAGAAGGAUGUAUCAGAUGAGGAUGUUGCUCGAGCCAUUAACCAGAAGCUGGGAGACACGCCUGGGGUCUCUUACUCUGACAUUGCUGCGCGGGCCUAUGGCUGUGGCCGCACGGAGCUGGCCAUCAAGCUGCUGGAGUAUGAGCCACGCUCAGGGGAGCAGGUACCCCUUCUCCUAAAGAUGAAGAGGAGCAAGCUGGCACUGAGCAAGGCCAUCGAGAGUGGGGACACUGACCUGGUGUUCACGGUGUUGCUGCACCUGAAGAAUGAGCUGAACCGAGGAGAUUUUUUCAUGACCCUCCGGAACCAGCCCAUGGCUCUGAGCUUGUACCGACAGUUCUGUAAGCAUCAGGAGCUGGAGACGCUGAAGGACCUUUACAAUCAGGAUGACAAUCACCAGGAGUUGGGCAGCUUCCAUAUCCGAGCCAGCUAUGCUGCGGAAGAGCGUAUCGAGGGGCGAGUAGCAGCUCUACAGACAGCCGCUGAUGCCUUUUACAAGGCCAAGAAUGAGUUUGCAGCCAAGGCCACAGAGGAUCAAAUGCGGCUCCUGCGGCUGCAGCGGCGCCUAGAAGAUGAGCUAGGGGGCCAGUUCCUAGACCUGUCUCUGCAUGACACGGUCACCACCCUCAUCCUCGGCGGUCACAACAAGCGCGCAGAGCAGCUGGCACGUGACUUCCGCAUCCCUGACAAGAGGCUCUGGUGGCUGAAGCUGACUGCCCUGGCAGAUUUGGAAGACUGGGAGGAGCUAGAGAAGUUUUCCAAGAGCAAGAAGUCACCCAUCGGCUACCUGCCUUUUGUGGAGAUCUGCAUGAAACAACACAACAAAUACGAGGCCAAGAAAUACGCUUCCCGCGUGGGUCCAGAGCAGAAGGUCAAGGCUUUGCUUCUCGUUGGGGAUGUGGCUCAGGCUGCAGACGUGGCCAUUGAGCACCGGAACGAGGCUGAGCUGAGCCUCGUAUUGUCCCACUGUACUGGAGCCACAGAUGGAGCCACAGCUGACAAGAUUCAACGGGCCAGGGCACAAGCCCAGAAGAAGUGAGGAGUCCACCCUGCACAUCUCUCCAGCAGGGGCACUUCCCCCAGUCCCUGGGCAUGGCAGAAAGGUCACUGUUCAUCUAGCUCCUCCUGCAGAGCAAAGCUGAGAAGUUGGGCGGGAAGCAGGGGGUCUGGCUGUAAAUAAAAUUGGAACACUUUA